AUGUCAACAUCUGAUAAAUACUUGCUUGUCAGUCUCACAAUGUCACUCAUUUGGGAAAGAUCAACAGACUUAAAAUCUCCGCUAAUUUAUUCACAUUUUGAAAGACAAGAUUUUAAUGGAAAUAAUAUAAUUAAGUACAGGAUUGAAGAUCUGCAACAGAAUCGUUUUGAAGAUGCUUUAAAUAUUAUGAAAAACAAACAUUUACUGGAUGAACCAAUGUACAGUGCCAAAGGAAUCCAUGAUGAUCCAAUAUCGUUUAAUGAAAUGAUUGAAAACUGGAAAAAAAUGUUAAGACAGAAAAUUUCCAUCGUAUGCUACCAGGAAAAUUCUGAUGAAAUUGUGGCUGUAAAUAUUUUAGGAGUUGUCACAGAAAAAGAGUUUGAUGCUCCACAUAAUUACCGUGGAAAAGGUUGGAGUGAAGUCAACAAUCUAAAGAAAUUCCUUAAAAUGAACUUCUUCAAUCCAUUCUCAAAUUUCAAUGUCGAUAAAAUAAUGUUUGCAGCUGGUUUGUAUGUUCAUGAAAAUCAUCGAAAUCGAGGCAUUGCUGUUGAAAUGUUAAAAGCUCGUGAAGAAAUUGGUAAAGCAAAUUCUAUAAAAAUUAGUUCGAAUGUAUUUUCAAGUCUUGGCGCUCAGAAAGCUGCAGUUAAAGUUGGAUUUGAAGAAAGCUUUGCAAUUGAAUAUUCAAAGUUACCUGAUUUAACGUCAGAUGUUCCUGUGAAUUUAGGAAGAACUCAAAUACAUUUCAUAACAUCAAGUGCAAUGUACAGUUGGGCAAGACCGAACAACGUAGACUUUCCAAUAACAUAUUCUCGAUUCGUAACAUUAGAUUCUGAUAUAGAUAAUAAACUGAUUGAAUAUAGAAUUGAAGAUUUACAAGAAAAUAGAUUUGAUGAUGCAGUUCAUAUAAUUCGAGAGAAACACUUGAUUGAUGAACCAAUGAAAAGCUCUAAAGGUGUUCGUGAUUGCCCAAUUUCUGUACAGGAGAUGACUGAAAACUUAAGAAAUAUGCUGAGACAAAACAUUUCGUUGGUUUGUUAUAAAGAAGGAUCAAAUGAUAUCGUUGCAGUAAAUAUUCUCGGAGUUAUAACAGAAGCAGAGAGCGAUGCUCCUCUUGAACAUAAAGGACAGCGAUGGGCUGAACACAAUAAUACCAAAAAUUUCAUCAAAAAAACAUUUUUUGACCCAUUCAAACAUUUUCAAAUCGACAAAGUGAUGUGUGCUGGUGGAUUAUUUGUGAAUAAAGAAUACAGAAACAGAGGAAUUGCAGUCGAAAUGCUGAAAGCUCGACAUGAACUUGGAAAAGUUAUAGGAAUUCAAGUUAGUUCAAAUGUUUUCUCAUCUUUAGGCGCACAAAAAGCUGCAGCAAAAGUUGGAUUUGAAGAAAGCUUCAGCAUCAAAUAUUCAGAUAUACCAAAGCUUACCACAGAUGGUCACUAUCCAAAUAUUAAGGAUGAAUACAUGAAAAUAAUGAGUAAGAGACUUUAUUAA